ACAACUUAACAUGGUGGCAGCGGUGGGAUAGUUUUGUGGGAUAGUUAUCCAAGUAAAGUUUAUAAUGGCGGCUUCUUUAAACUUGCCGUUUCCCUUAUUGAAGUCAACGGGAGACGAUAAACGCGAUAUUGAAGUGUAUGUAGAGGAUUUAGUCGAUUAUUGUGCAAUGAACAACUGGUAUGACCCGUCGAAAUCAACAGAUGAUGCAAAAUGGAUUAAACCUGAUAAAGCGAUGGCUUGCUUGAAAGCAUCUUUAACGAAGUCGGCAAGAACAGUUUUAAAAUAUGUAUUGUCUGGGUUUAACCGAGGAAAAUCAAACAAAACAGCAUUGUGUUAUUCAGGCUUUGAAAAUAUAUUAUGGGGCCAGUAUUUGCGUGUCGGGAGAGAGACAAAAGUUCCUUCGACUAAUUCAACAAGACGAUGAAACCAUUGGAGCAUGGGAAUCUAGAGUGCGAAAUCAAGCGACCCAGUGUGAGUACGAAAAUUUCGAAGAUGAGCUCAUGAGAGAUCAGUUUAUUGCUGGUCUAGUGUCAGAACAACUUCGUGUCAAACUAAUAGGAAAAGGACAUCGGCAUAGGGACGGCGAUCGAAGUAAAGUUUCUUUACGUGAAGUGGUCGAAAAUGCCAAGGCAUAUGAAGCAACGACAAUAACAAAUAAGUUGAUGAAAAAUGCUAGAGAAAGUCAACAAGAGCAAGUAAAUUAUUCAAAUAGCCAACGAAGGCAGCCGGUGAACCGUGACCGUCGUGAUUUCACAAUACCACAGCAAACAAUAACGUGCUCUUAUUGCGGUGUUCAACAUAAACAACCUUGCCCUGCUUUUAGAAAGCGAUGUAACAAAUGUGGAGUGAUUGGACAUUUCGCAAGAGUUUGUAAAAGUGAACGAAGUUAUUACAAGCGCGAGGAAAAAGCUAACCAAAUUCAAGAUGAAUUAAACGAAGAACUAUUUGCCGUGGGGAGCAAUAAAGACAAUUAA